AUGCUAGAGAUCAACCUCGACCUCAAAACGGGGAAGGCGUACCCUGUUAAGUGUUUUCGCUGCAAUAGAGAAGGACACAAGAUAUCUGAGUGUCCAAUCAGACCAAGGGUUUGUUACAUUUGUCAGAAACCAGACCAUUUUGCAAAUGAAUGUCCUGAACGAAAGAACGAUAGAGUUGUCUACCGCAACAAUAUCAACGACAAUGUUGUACGCCCUACUUCCAAGGGACGUGUCUACGACAUCAAUGGAGAGGAAACUCCAUCUUCCUCUGAACCUAUGCAUGGUGAGUGUUUAACUGCUGAAAAAUCACUUAAUGUAAUUUAUGAUUCGAGGGAAACACACUCAUUCAUUUCAUUGGAUUGGGUGGAUUCGCUCCAACUUAUUGUUACUACUCCGGGUACAGGACCUAUAUCUAUUGCCCCAUAUUGA